AUCAAAGUUAAUCUUCACCAUGUUUACUAAUCACAUGUUGUGUUAAAGGUGUUCAGGGAAAACCAAACACCAUCUGUGCACUAAAAGGUUCAUCAGUGAAUCUGACCUGCUCACAUCAACGUCCCACUGCAAGAAAGAGCUGAGCUGCAGGUAAAGGUGAUUCCUGCCACAGAGGGACAGACAGUAACACUGAUGUGCAGCAGCAGCAGCUGUCCUCUGACUGAAACCCCUGCAGCCUACAUCUGGUACAAGAACAGAGAGUUUCUCUAUGAGGACUGGUCUCCCUGGUACCAAGAGCUGCUCAGCAGUGAGGAAGCAGUCACAUACUCCUGUGCUGUCAAAGGCUACGAGCAUCUCAGAGCCCCUGAAGUCUCUGUGGGUUCUCUGACUCCAGCCUGUUUCACUGUGACCUCUGCUAAAGGGAGGAUGUGUUCUUCUGAGCAGACAUCAGUGGAUGAGUCCUGCACCAUCACAUAUCCCAGAGAAAUUUUUAUCCAGAGAUCUCCUGGUGCAGCAGGUCACAGCAGACUGACCUGUAACAGCAGCUGUUUUCUGACUGACUCUCUGACGUCCUUUGUUUGGUACAAGAACAGAAAGAGAACGAAACAGGAGAAAAAACAGAUUUCAGAUACUGACAGUUCUCCAGACAGCUUCUCUUGUGCUGUAAAAGGUGUUGAGGAUGUCCACUCUGCUGACAUCUGUGUUCUGAAUGAGACCUGCUGGAGUCUAAAUUAUGUCCACAGCAGAAUCUGCGCCCUGGAAGGAUCUUCAGUGAACAUCUCCAGUAAAUACUCACAUCCUGAGUACGAGCAGAUAAAGUCUAAAUGUUGGUACAAAGUAAAGAGAAAUGCUGAGGAGGAAGCUGAACAGCUGCAUGAGGAUGCAGAUAAUGUGGAGUAUGAUGACAGCAUGAAGAACCAACACAUCCUCACAUUAAAACACCUGAAGAAAGAUGACUCAGCAGAAUACAGGCUCACAAUCACAACAGAAACUGAAGAACUGACACAGUCUGAUGUUCCUGGAGUUAUUCUGGUUGUCACAGGUAAUUAG